CAGAGAGGAGCUGAUCAAGAGAGGCGUGCUGAAGGAGAUAUUUGAAAAAGGUGAGAUGCUUUCCUUAUGAAAAUAAAUUUAUUUCUGUGCCCCUAAAAUUAGUGGGAGAGAGAUUUAAAACAAAAAUUUAAAACAAAAAUUGGUCUUCUCACAAACGUCUGUAGCGUCCGAAUGGGGUGGCCUUCAAACUAAUAUGACCACUCUAUGGAACGAUGCUACCAUUAUUACAGAUAGUCAUGAAUGAAUAAUGAUUAACAAAGUUAGACUCACAAAUAUCAUACCCCCCCAAAAUUGCUAACCUCCCCUGUUAUUGUAAUGGCCUACAGGUUAUUUUAUUUGGCCCCUCAAGUUCUGUGCAAUUUAUUUUAUUUUAUGAUUUACAUAAAAGACUAAAAACACCAACAAAUCAGCUCCAAGGAUUUUAAAUUUUUGAAAUCUUUUCGAAAGUACUCCCAUGCAUAAUAGAGAUACAGUGCCUUCAAAGUAUUCACACCCCUUUUUAGUUUUUCUACAUUUUGUUGUUAGAGUGAAUUUAAAGGAAUAACAUGGGAGGUUAGCAUUUUUUGGGGGGUUAUGAUAUUUGUGUGUAGGGCUGUUUUGGUGACCAUAUUACGCAUUGCAGAAAAACAUUUUAAAUGAUUUUAAGAUGUCUUUGGUACAUAAUUGAUCUAGCCUAUAUUCCAAAAGGAAGUAAAUAGCCAUAUUAGACGGAAAUACAUAAAGGUAAUUUCGUCAAACUUGAGGCUCACCAGUCUCCAUGCUCCAUUAGUUGCUCAUUCAACAUAUUUUCUGCUACUUCACUCAAUCCCAUUUUUAAAUGUCUCCCAUCCUAACGGUUUUAUAUUCCCUGAGACCAACCAGAAAUGUUUCCUUGGCCACACAUUCCCAGAUUUUCAUAAAACAGUCACACUUGUGGUCUCUCCUUUUAAAUGUUGCACUAGGAAAAAGAAUGUGCUAGGUGCGGCUGGUGCACUUCAAUUGGCUCAUUCAGUGCAGGGGUGUAGUGCUGCCAGAGUGCACCGGAGACACUGCUACGUCUCACACAGUUGUUUACAUUUGAAUAAAGUUAGAUCUAAGCUGAAUCAAUGUCUUGGAAGAUCACAUAAUGAUUCAUUAGUAGUCUAUAUAACAGAAACAAAUAUAGCAUAGUAUAAUGUUACACAAACACAAUGUAAUUUCUUAUGAGAUUUUGGAUGGUUAGAUGAAUAGUCCAACAACACAAAAUCUCAUGAGGUCAGAACUCAACAGCGCGCGAAUGUAGGCUACUAGGCAGAAUGAGCUUUGCUUGAAACAAAAUACAGGAAGGCUAUGUAGUGUCUUAACACCAUAUGCUCUAAUUUGCUCACUAAACAGUUAUUCAAUUGCAAGAAGCUCUAAAUGCAUAUUCCAGGGUGUCCCGCAAAAUCAUCCUCUUGUCCCGCAUUUGGGUAUUUUUUAAAUGUGGUCACCCUACCAGCAUGAGUGAGAGGGGAAAGUGGCCUGCAUCAGCUAUUCCAGUGCAUAUGAUGACAUGUAUUUUUCCCCUGCCCAUUUGAUAAUGGGCCAGUCUAAAUCAAAACUAAUUUGACAUAUUAGUAAAGACAAUAUUACAUUGAGAAUAUUCUGAUGGGGGAGGAAAAUAUGAUCACUUGAUGAGAAAACAGCGUGUGCAGCCUGAGGCAAUGAGCGCAAGCUUUAUUUUGCGACUUUCUCAGAUCAUAUAGCCUAUAGUCUCAUCAUGCAGGCCAUAGGCUAUAUGUUUAGAUUUCUAAGGUUUGUAUAAUUCACAACUAAAGUUGCCAAAUAGCUCUAAAUCUAGCAUAUAGGACCUGUUUCAAGUGAUCACUUUUUUAUGCUCAACAUAGCAACUUCAUAUGUACAGUGGGGAGAACAAGUAUUUGAUACACUGCCGAUUUUGCAGGUUUUCCUACUUACAAAGCAUGUAGAGGUCUGUAAUUUUUAUCAUAGGUACACUUCAACUGUGAGAGACGGAAUCUAAAACAAAAAUCCAGAAAAUCACAUUGUAUGCUUUUUAAGUAAUUAAUUUACAUUUUAUUGCAUGACAUAAGUAUUUGAUACAUCAGAAAAGUAGAACUUAAUAUUUGGUACAGAAACCUUUGUUUGCAAUUACAGAGAUCAUACAUUUCCUGUAGGUCUUGACCAGGUUUGCACACACUGCAGCAGGGAUUUUGGCCCACUCCUCCAUACAGACCUUCUCCAGAUCCUUCAGGUUUCAGGGCUGUCGCUGGGCAAUACAGACUUUCAGCUCCCUCCAAAGAUUUUCUAUUGGGUUCAGGUCUGGAGACUGGCUAGGCCACUCCAGGACCUUGAGAUGCUUCUUACGGAGCCACUCCUUAGUUGCCCUGACUGUGUGUUUCGGGUCGUUGUCAUGCUGGAAGACCCAGCCACGACCAAUCUUCAAUGCUCUUACUGAGGGAAGGAGGUAGUUGGCCAAGAUCUCGCGAUACAUGGCCCCAUCCAUCCUCCCCUCAAUACGGUGCAGUCGUCCUGUCCCCUUUGCAGAAAAGCAUCCCCAAAGAAUGAUGUUUCCACCUCCAUGCUUCACGGUUGGGAUGGUGUUCUUGGGGUUGUACUCAUCCUUCUUCUUCCUCCAAACACGGCGAGUGGAGUUUAGACCAAAAAGCUCUAUUUUUGUCUCAUCAGACCACAUGACCUUCUCCCAUUCCUCCUCUGGAUCAUCCAGAUGGUCAUUGGCAAACUUCAGACGGGCCUGGACAUGCGCUGGCUUGAGCAGGGGGACCUUGCAUGCGCUGCAGGAUUUUAAUCCAUGACGGCGUAGUGUGUUACUAAUGGUUUUCUUUGAGACUGUGGUCCCAGCUCUUUUCAGGUCAUUGACCAGGUCCUGCCGUGUAGUUCUGGGCUGAUCCCUCACCUUCCUCAUGAUCAUUGAUGCCCCAUGAGGUGAGAUCUUGCAUGGAGCCCCAGACCGAGGGUGAUUGACCGUCAUCUUGAUCUUCUUCCAUUUUCUAAUAAUUGUUGUUGCCUUCUCACCAAGCUGCUUGCCUAUUUUCCUGUAGCCCAUCCCAGCCUUGUGCAGGUCUACAAUUUUAUCCCUGAUGUCCUUACACAGCUCUCUGGUCUUGGCCAUUGUGGAGAGGUUGGAGUCUGUUUGAUUGAGUGUGUGGACAGGUGUCUUUUAUACAGGUAACGAGUUCAAACAGGUGCAGUUAAUACAGGUAAUGAGUGGAGAACAGGAGGGCUUCUUAAAGAAAAACUAACAGGUAUGUGAGACCCGGAAUUCUUACUGGUUGGUAGGUGAUCAAAUACUUAUGUCAUGCAAUAAAAUGGAAAUUAAUUACUUAAAAAUCAUACAAUGUGAUUUUCUGGAUUUUUGUUUUAGAUUCCGUCUCUCACAGUUGACGUGUACCUAUGAUAAAAAUUACAGAGCUCUAUAUGCUUUGUAAGUAGGAAAACCUGCAAAACCGGCAGUGUAUCAAAUACUUGUUCUCCCCACUGUAUGUGCAUUUGCUCUGGAAUGGGAAAGAUAUUCUUUCAUUUUAUUCAGCUAAGUUCAAUUAUAUUCUUAUUUUACUAUAAAAUAAUGGCACAGGACUUAUACACAUAUCUUGCCUGCUAAAUGAACAAGCCUACAGCCUAUGGCAUGGAGCAUAGCCAGAUAACAUACAGUAGGCCAACUUGUAUUCUGUUCUUCUGAAAUAUAUUUUCUUCAUAUCAUAAUGUUUCUUUAGACCUGCCUAAAAUAAAUGGAUUUAUUGUGAUGGUGUAUAUUAAAUUGAUUUAUUUGAAUUUUUUUGUUUUUAUGUAGAUGUUCCAAAGGCGUGCAUCAGUGGCUUGUAUGCGUGGAGGACUGGAGAUGCUAAAGGUGUUUAUGACAUGCUCUGAUUUUGUUGUUGUAGGUACUCCUGAGUGGCGCAGUGGUCUAAGGCACUGCAUCGCAGUGCUAACUGUGCCACUAGAGAUCCUGGUUCGAAUCCAGGCUCUGUCGCCGCCGGCCGCGACCGGGAGAGUCAUGGGCGGCGCACAAUUGGCCCAGCGUCGUCCAGGGUAGGGGAGGGAAUGGCCGGCAGGGAUGUAGCUCAGUUGAUAGAGCAUGGUGUUUGCAACGCCAGGGUUGUGGGUUCGAUUCCCACGGGGGGCCAGUAUAAAAAAAAAUAUGUAUUCACUAACUGUAAGUCGCUCUGGAUAAGAGCGUCUGCUAAAUGACUAAAAUAGGGCUGUAGCCAGCUUGCUACAGCCCUAUUUGUGCGUCUAACUUCCCACUCAUCAUUAUUCACGAUUCCUUCAGGACUAUCCAUAAUCAUGGUAGCAACUUUCCAUAGAGUGGUCAUAUUAGUUUUUAGGCCAAACUAUUCGGACGCUACAGACGUUUUCAUGAGAAGACCGAUUUUUGGGAAUUUUUCAACAACAAAAAUUCUGUUGGCAAAGGGAGGUUAACUCAGUCCUCGAGUGCCGGAGUGGUGUCACACCUUUUUCCCCAUCUCUAGCAAACACAGCUGCUUAAACUAAGUGCAUUCUAAGCUGAAGAUCAUGAUUUAGUGGAGUUGGAGGCGUGUUAGCUGUGGCAAAAGUGUGACACCAAUGAGGCCUCCGAGGACACAAAAUAAUCUGAAACACACCCAAAACAUAUGAAUGAUAAUUUUUUUAAUAGCCUACUGUGUUCAAAAUCACCCAUCGUCCUUUGUAUUGAUGGCAUUUGGGAAAUGGAAUAAGUGAAACGGGAUUGUCUGAUCCCUCUCAAACCUUGUCCUUUUAUUGGAGCAAUGGUUCAUCAGUCUGAUUUGCUCACGUGCUGUAGUAGGCUUACUCAUUGCAUUUCAGCUUUUGUGGUCCUUUAGAAACAACAGUCUCUUACCUGACAAUGUGCAUGAGGAAAAUUAUUUAGAUAGACCGUCAACCAAGGAAAGUUGAACUACUACUAUCAACUUAUGGUCACAAAAGGGUAUUUUCUCAUGAGGCCCCAUGUGUCAGACAUCGGUCUGUCUCCCUACGGAAUUUCCCAGCUACGUAUGGACCUCGUGCAGCCAGCUUGCUACAAUCGUCAUUAUGCAACCAUUUCAUCACUUUUUUUGAUGUGGUUAGGAAUUGGUCCAUGGGCAGCUGUCAGACUCCACUGUUUGAACAUCUCUUGGAGUAUCCUCACUUUAGAAUGAGUCAUUUUUUUCUCGCCGUUGUUGCUAGCGGGAGGCGACCUCUUGACGCGAAAGGAACAAGGAGCUGUGGUGCAUUUGAGGUUGUCACAGCAGGAUCUGAUGGGCACAAAACACACCUGUCUGGGAGGAUUAAUUUGUGUGUGUGUGUAUAUACAGUGCAUUUGGAAAGCAGACCCCUUGACUUUUUCCACAUUUUGUUACAUUACAGCCUUAUUCUAAAAUCGAUUUAAAUAGUUUUUUCCCCCCUCAUCAAUCUACACACAAUACCCCAUAAUGACAAAGCAAAAACAGGUUUUUAGACAUUUUAGUGUAUGUGUGUAUAUAUAUAUAUAUAUAUAUAUAUAUAUAAUUUAAAAAACUGCAGUCAUAUUUACAUAAGUAUUCAGACCCUUUACUCAGUACUUUGUUGAAGCACAUUUUGGCAGCAAUUAUAGCCUCGUCUUCUUGGGUAUGACGCUACGAUCUUGGCACACCUGUAUUUGGGGCGUUUCUCCCAUUCUUCAGAGCCCCUCAAGCUCAGGUUGGAUGGGGAGCGUCGCUGCACAGCUAUUUUCAGGUCUCUCCAGAGAUGUUUUGAUCGGGUUCAAGUCCAGGCUCUGGCUGGGCCACUCAAGGACAUUCAGAGACUUGUCCCGAAGCCACUCCUGCAUUGUCUUGGCUGUGUGCUUAGGGUCAUUGUCCUGUUGGAAAGUGUACUUUCCGAAUGCAAUGUGUGUUUGUAUCUCACUACCAUAUCCUUCACUUGAAUGAUGCAACACCUAAUUUGUUCUCUUCACCUUUGUAGACCAUUAUUUUCAUUUCGCCUGUACAUUAUGUUUAUAAUUUGGUGUUUCUGUCUCUCUCAGCAACCGUGGAGUUCCGAUCCUCGAUGGAGGGCGGAGUCUGUACUCAGGAGCUCUCUAGUAUGAAGUCGUCUAUGGUCCUUCCUUCAAAGAAAUCUGUUGGUUUCCUCUGCAACGUUCAGGACAACACCGCCAAGACCCCUAUGUACCACAAACAGCCCCCUGCGCUCCCCCCCAAACCUUUCAACAGGAUUCCCAACUACAGCACAGGUAAGCGCACAUACAUCAGCAACUACAGCGGCCCUGCCACUUAUGCCCCUUGUUAAUGUGCCAAAGACGUAGAGCUGGGUGACAUGGACAAAAAUCUGUAUUGCGAAUAAAUGAAUUGAUGCGAGAACAAUAUGUUUAUAACAAAGUGCACCAGUUAAAAAUAAAAAAGUUUGUAUUACUCUUUAAACUACUACUACUACUACUACUACUACUACUACUACUAGUUUGAUUAUUGUAGCCAUCAAUUCUCCCAUUAACAAUCACCCAUAUAGCAAACGUAUUUAAUUUCAAACUUCACAUUUCCAUAGUAUAGGCUACUUAACGUAAUGAACGAUAUCAGCAAAAUGCCUGUAAGUGCUUGGUAUGGUCGGUGUCGAUUUAAUUUGUCUCAGUUCUACAAAGACAACUCCACAACAAGAUUUGCUGAUCCGCUUCAAGAAAGGGAAAGUGGAUUGGACAGUCAGUCAAGCGCUUCUUGUAAUUGUCUCUCCCCUGAGGGUGUUGAAGGACAACCACAGGUCUUCAUCUAAGGCCCAGACCUGUCAACAACGGGGACAUUGGGACAAGUGUUUUAUAUACAUCAUAAUCAUGUUUGGCACUCCGCACACUGAAUACCAAGAUGGAAGAUCAACUGAACUUGCAAAUGGUUUACAGUACAGAGCUCCGAGACAGACACACUGAACGUUUGUUUGGGCAGCUACGUAGUUGAAUAAUCCUAAACCUAUUGUCCGUAGACACGUGUGUGUGUGUGCAUGCACGCACACUGUGUCUCUGUGCAGAUGGCGGAUGGAGAGAUUAGUGUCAUUAAGUCCCAGUGUAGCCAGGUCAGCUCUAGUCUGUCUGUCAGGGCCCAUCUGUCAGUCAGAUAGAAGUGGCAAUAGCCUAAUCUAAUUCUUCCCUGCUCAAUCAAGUCUGGGCCUUCUACUGUACACAGUCACUUCUAUCCACUGUAUCUGACUGUCGCCAGUGUCUUACAAUAUGGCCAAGAGCAGGUUACGUGUCCAGGAAAAAGGAAUGCAUGGCCCUAAUUAUACUCAACAAUUAGCAGCUUUGAAGAACCAACAUGUCAAAGUCCCUGCACUAAUCAAAGUAUGCACUACUCCCUGCUAUUGCAAUUCAGAAAAAAGUGACAUUGACAUUUACCUGUUUUAAUGUUAAUGUUUUGGUCUCUUUUUUUCUUUCUCUACCCAUCUCUGUCCAGACUCUUGCCAGCAGAUGAAGCUGCCCUGUAUGCCAGGCCAGGGAGGGAAGCUCUCUCCUCUUCUACCUCCCAAGAAGGUUAUGAUCUGUGUGUCUCAAGGGGGAAUGGACAACUCCUCCUGCUCCUCACCCUCUCCCCUCAGGACCUUCUCCCAGCAGAAGUGCCCCCCUCCACAGGGCCAUCCCCCCCACCAUGGCCCUCUGUUGCCCACGCAGUUCACAGCCCUGGCCAACCUCCACCAGGGCCUCAUGGGGGGCGGGAACCACCAUAACCACGGACACACCCACAACCAUAACUAACCAUGGCCACAGCCACCCGCUCCAGCUGCAGUACGGAUCCAUGCAAGGCCACGCCCCCAGCCGCAUCAUCGAGGAGCUCAACAAGACGCUGGCCUUCAACCUGCAGAGGCUGGAGAAGUGAGUUGUUGUAUACACAGUAUUAAAUAAAUAAAACCGUAAUGUAUGUAUCUCUGGUUGAAUAGUUUCUAUAGCAGGUAGAAAUUUAUAGUUUAGAUGGCACAACUUUAUAAUGGGAGUGGAGUGUAGCAUCAGUUCUAUUUCAAAAUUAAAUAUGAAUUCUUUUUUUUAAUUCGUGUUCAGUCUAGCAGGUCCAGCUGGUUUGUAGGUCAGGUCACCCCUGCCUGGUGAUAUUGGUGUCAGGCUGCCACCAUGUGGCUCUGCUGUAGAGGUCUGACCCAGCUCGCUCUGUCCCACUGGUAAAGGGUGGCCCACUUUGACAGCAGUGUGUGUGUAUGCACCAUGGCACACAGGCCUCCUCCAAAGGCAAUCCUGGCACAGCAUGUCCUGUCCUCUACCCUCCCCCCUACCAGACACUGGAAAAAGGAAUAUGGAGAAAUGUAUUGGUAAAUUGGACAUGAUGUCAUUUCUCUGUAGCUUAUGUAACAUUUGGUUGCAGAAAUCAAAAAAUGGGACAAAAAAACCUCAACAAGAAUCAAUCUGUCAGCCAUUCUUCAUCUCCCUAUCUUUUAAUUGAAACGGGACAAAGCCAGUAUCAUCAUCAUUGCAUGUGUAGAGGGGUACUGUAGAAGAGCUAGGUACCCUUAUUUAUUCAGGUAGACUAUGUAUGCAUGAGUACAAUACAUCCUCUCAAUGGGGGUCCUCAUUUUUAUUUAUAUAUAUAUAUAUAUAUAUAUAUAUAUAUAUAUAUAGCUCAAAAAAAUAAAGGGAACACUUAAACAACACAAUGUAACUCCAAGUCAAUCACACUUCUGUGAAAUCAAACUGUCCACUUAGGAAGCAACACUGAUUGACAAUACAUUUCACAUGCUGUUGUGCAAAUGGAAUAGACAACAGGUGGAAAUUAUAGGCAAUUAGCAAGACACCCCCAAUAAAGAAGUGGUUCUGCAGGUGGUGACCACAGACCACUUCUCAGUUUCUAUGCUUCCUGGCUGAUGUUUUGGUCACUUUUGAAUGCUGGCGGUGCUUUCACUCUAGUGGUAGCAUGAGACUGAGUCUACAACCCACACAAGUGGCUCAGGUAGUGCAGCUCAUCCAGGAUGGCACAUCAAUGCGAGCUGUGUCUGUCAGCGUAGUGUCCAGAGCAUGGAGGCGCUACCAGGAGACAGGCCAGUACAUCAGGAGACGUGGAGGAGGCCGUAGGAGGGCAACAACUCAGCAGCAGGACCGCUACCUCCGCCUUUGUGCAAGGAGGGGAGCAGGAGGAGCACUGCCAGAGCACUGCCAGAGCCCUGCAAAAUGACCUCCAGCAGGCCACAAAUGUGCAUGUCUGCUCAAACGGUCAGAAACAGACUCCAUGAGGGUGGUAUGAGGGCCUGAUGUCCACAGGUGGGGGUUGUGCUUAAAACCCAACACGUGCAGGACAUUUGGCAUUUGCCAGAGAACACCAAGAUUGGCAAAUUUGCCACUGGCGCCCUGUGCUCUUCACAGAUGAAAGCAGGUUCACACUGAGCACACGUGACAGAGUCUGGAGACGCCGUGGAGAACGUUCUGCUGCCUGUAACAUCCUCCAGCAUGACCGGAUUGGCGGUGGGUCAGUCAUGGUGUGGGGUGGCAUUUCUUUGGGGGGCCGCACAGCCCUCCAUGUGCUCGCCAGAGGUAGCCUGACUGCCAUUAGGUACCGAGAUGAGAUCCUCAGACCCCUUGUGAGACCUUAUGCUGGUGCGGUUGGCCCUGGGUUCCUCUUAAUGCAAGACAAUGCUAGACCUCAUGUGGCUGGAGUGUGUCAGCAGUUCCUGCAAGAGGAAGGCAUUGAUGCUAUGGACUGGCCCGCCCGUUCCCCAGACCUGAAUCCAAUUGAGCACAUCUGGGACAUCAUGUCUCGCUCCAUCCACCAACGCCACGUUGCACCACAGACUGUCCAGGAGUUGGCAGAUGCUUUAGUCCAGGUCUGGGAGGAGAUCCCUCAGGAGACCAUCCGCCACCUCAUCAGGAGCAUGCCCAGGCGUUGUAGGGAGGUCAUACAGGCACGUGGAGGCCACACACACUACUGAGCCUCAUUUUGACUUGUUUUAAGGACAUUACAUCAAAGUUGGAUCAGCCUGUAGUGUGGUUUUCCACUUUAAUUUUGAGGGUGACUCCAAAUCCAGACCUCCAUUGGUUGAUAAAUUUGAUUUCCAUUGAUAAUUUUUGUGUGAUUUUGUUGUCAGCACAUUCAACUAUGUAAAAAAAAAAAAUAUUUAAUAAGAUUGUCAUUCAUUCAGAUCUAGGAUGUGUUGUUUAAGUGUUCCCUUUAUUUUUUUAAGCAGUGUGUGUGUGUAUAUAUAUAUAUAUAUAUAUAUAUAUAUAUAUAUAUAUAUAUAUAUAUAUAUAUAUAUAUAUAUAUAUAUAUAUAUAUAUAUAUCUAUAUAUAUAUAUAUAUAUAUAUAUAUAUAUAUAUAUUAUAUAUAUAUAUAUAGUACCAGUCAAAAGUUUGGACACACCUACUCAUACAAGGGUUUUUCACAAAGACACAGCGGUUGGAACCAAAAAUCUCAAAUUUGGACUCCAGAUCAAAGGACAGAUGUCCAGCAGUCUAAUGUCCAUUGCUCGUGUUUCUUGGCUUCAUGGUCUGCAUGAAUCAGACCAUAAAGGCCUGAUUCACGCAGUCUCUUCUGAACAGUUGCUGUUGAUGUGUCUGUUACUUGAACUCUGAAGCAUUUAUUUGGGCUGCAAUUUCUGAGGCUGGUAACUCUAAUGAACUUAUCCUCUGCAGUAACUCUGGGUCUUCCUUUCCUGUGGCGGUCCUCAUGAGAGCCAGUUUCAUCAUAGCGCUUGAUGGUUUUUGCGACUGCACUUGAAGAAACGUUCAAAGUUCUUGAUUUUCCGUAUUGACUGACCUUCAUGUCUUAAAGUAAUGAUGGACUGUCGUUUCUCUUUGCUUAUUUGAGCUGUUCUUGCCAUUAUAUGGACUUGGUCUUUUACCAAAUAUGGUAAUCUUCUGUAUACCAACCCUACCUUGUUACAACACAACUGAUUGGCUCAAACACAUUUAAGAAGGAAAUAAAUUCCACAAAUUAACUUUUAACAAGGCACACCUGUUAAUUGAAAUGCAUUCCAGGUGACUACCUCAUGAAGCUGGUUGAGAGAAUGCCAAGAGUGUGCAAAGCUGUCAUCAAGGCAAAGGGUGGCUACUAUAAAAUAAAAAAAUACUUUGAAGAAUCUCAAAUAUAAAAUAUAUUUUGAUUUUGUUUCACACUUUUUUUUUGGGUUACUACAUGAUUCUGUAUGUUAUUUCAUAGUUUUGAUGUCUUCACUAUAUUCUACAAUGUAGUAAAAAUAAAGAAAAACCCUUGAAUGAGUAGGUGUGUCUAAACAUUUGACUGGUACUGUGCGCGCGCACACACACAAAUGUUUGUUUUAUCCUUGUGGGGACCAAACAAUUGAUUCCCAUUCAAAAUUAUAUUUUCCCUAAACCUAAUUCUAACCCUAAUUGUAAGCCUAAAAUAGCCUUAUUCCUGUUGGGACUGGCGAAAUGUCCCCACUUCUGGUCCCUACAAGGAUAGAAAAAACAAAAAAAACAUACACACACAGUCCCUCUCACGAUUCCUUUCCUCCCUGGUCCUAUGAUUACUUGCUUUGCGUGUCUCAUGGUGAGCUGAACAGUCCUCAGUGGGCGCUCACAGCAGGGGCUUUGUGGGUAGUCUGUGAUAUCCGUGUAGGCCGUUUGAUAUGUGGAUCAAAACCCCACUCUACAACUGCAGUAUGCAACCAGUCCCUCACGCUGACCCAGGUAAUUGACCACUUUGUUUAAUUUGACCUGAAAGGUCUGUGACAUGAAGGAUAUGGGGAACUAGCUAAUGGUAUGUAGGCUGUGGCUGUCAUACAGACUGAACUCCCAGCUAGGAACCUAUGGCUCAGACAGACACACAUAUCUGGUUAACUAUCUCAAUGGUUGCAAGUCAAGAUGGACAAUUUUGUGCUAAUGACCAUGAUCCAGAAAUGGCUAGCUCACAGCCUCACACUCACACAUCGAGGUGCGUCAAGGUAAUUCCAGCCACUGCCAUUUCACAGAUGACUUACACAGGAGAUAGGAAUGAGUCAACCACUUGUAGAGUCAUGGUCAUAAUGACUCUCUAUAGCUUGUUGCAUUUCUAUAGCAACCAUUAGAUUCCCACUGGAACAUGGGAAAGUGGAAGAUGGGCGAGGUUACUGUGAAGAAGAUUCUAUCCAUCAUUACCACGAACAUGAACACUAUCCCCCACCCUCUCUCUUCUCCCUGCAGCAAUGCAAUGCAUUCUGGUCAGUGUAGUCUGCUGGACAGAAGCCAGGUGCCCUCUUUGGUCAUCGACGAGGACGACAAGGAGAACAUGCCCAACGAGUCCGACUACGAGGACCUCCCCAGCAUGUACAAAGACGAGGAUGAGGAUGAUGAUGAAUAUGAUGACGAGGAUGAUGACUCGCUCUUUACAAGUAAGGGGUCCAUACACACACACAGAUAAAAUGUUUGUCCCCUAAGCCACAUAGCCCAGAUGUUGUUUUUUUUAAACUAGUGGCGUCUCUGCACUAUAGUUACCCUGGGUCUGGUCAUUUCUGUUAACUUUAGGUGGGUCUUUGUGUAGGUACCAUGGGUCUGGUAAUUUCUUUAACUCCUGGCGUCUGUCUGUAGGUACCCUGGCUCUGAAGGUGCUGAGGAAGGACUCUCUGGCCAUCAAGCUGUGUAACCGUCCAUCUAAGAGUGAGCUGGAGGAGAAGAACAUACUGCCAAUGCAGACUGACGAAGAGAGGCUGGAGUCCAGGCAGCAGAUAGGCACCAAGCUCACACGGUAA